GGGCUUUCAAGUUUCAGAUAGUUGAAACUUGAAAGAGAAGAACUCGAGUCAGACUCAGAACAACCAAGGAAGCAAGCAGAAACCGAGAUGAUGGAGGCACAGAAAUACGUAUGGGAAGGAGCAAUUCCAUUACAAAUUCAUCUCCAUGAAUCAGAAAUAACAAGCCUUCCACCACCAUCUCCAGCAUUAAUCUUAGCACCUAGAAUUGGUUACUUACCUCUGCUUCUUCCUCUUAUUAAGCCUUACUUCUCUUCUACUCUCCCUCCUGGACAAGACACUAUUUGGUUUGAUUACAAAGGAUUGCCUCUAAAAUGGUAUAUACCAACUGGGGUGCUUUUUGAUCUUCUGUGUGCACAACCUGAAAGGCCUUGGAAUUUGACGGUACAUUUUAGAGGUUAUCCUAGUAAUUUGUUGAUUCCUUGCGAAGGUGAAGAGUCUGUAAAGUGGAGCUUUAUUAAUUCACUGAAAGAGGCAGAUUACAUUAUCAAUGGAAAUUGCAAGAAUGUUAUGCACAUGUCUCAAUCUGAUCAAGUGGAGCUGUGGCGUUCUGUCAUGGAUGGUAAUUUGGAGAAAUAUAUGCGUGCAUCUUCAAAGCUUAAACUUGGAACAGUCACCACUGAUGAGGUAGAUAUGGUUGGGCAAGUGAAGGCAGGUAAAGUUCCAGUUAGAUUGUAUGUUUGGAGUGUUAAUGAGGAUUUUGAAGAUCUGGAAGAUGCACCAGAAGUUGAUAACUGGGAUCAAAUUUCUUAUAUAAAUCGUCCUCUCGAAAUUCACAAAGAAGGAAAACAUUUCACCCUUCACGAUGCACUGAAAAAUCUCCUGCCAGAAUUUUUUGGGGGCAAAUCCUUGAUCAAUGAUGAACCAUGCAUAGAAGAAGGUGAAGAUGCACAGAAGGUUUCAUCAGAAGAUGUAGGCAGCAGCACAGGAGCUGAAGAGGGGAAAGAAAUCUUUAACCAACCCGUGGAGUCUUGCUGCAACGAUGCUGAAAUCAAACUCGUCCGCAUCCAAGGGAUUGAACCAAAGAUGGAAAUACCUUUCUCUUGGGUGGUGAACAGCCUAAAGAAUCCUGAGCACUUUCUUCAUAUCUGUGUUUGUGUCAAAGUUCCAAAUGUAAAUGCUGCAUGAUAAGAAUCCUUGUUUUUCCAUUGAACAUUUUUAUAGCUUGCAAUUUGAGCGAGCUCUACUCUUCUAAAUUCAACCUCCAAAGAAUGCAGUUGUAUAUAAUUGUACAGGCAGUCACAUUGGUAAAUACGUUAUGUCACAUUUGCAAUUCUUCUUUUAA